AGAAAGCGAUCAAAGUUCGUCUGGUGGGAGAUCAAAACCAUACUGGCAAAGUAGAAAUCAACUAUCAAGGGACCUGGGGAGUAGUGUGUCAUGAUUUGUGGGAUAUACGAGAUGCUCACGUGAUCUGCAAAAUGCUUGGUUACAAAGCAGCUGAACAAGCAAUUUGGAAUCUUGAAUGAGAGACACCAAGAAGAGAGCUCAUGUCUCGUGUGCGAUGCAGUGGUAGAGAAAAGUCGAUAGCAGAUUGUGCUCACCCAGGAUGGUGGAUUGUCUCUUCAUAUUGCUCGAAUAAAGAUCUUGCUGGUGUGGUUUGUCAGACAAAUGAAGAUCCUCCACCAGUUCAAGUUCGUUUAGCUGGAGGAAGGUCAGACAAUUCAGGUCGACUUGAAGUCAGGUACCAUGGUCAGUGGGGUACUGUAUGUGAUGAUGGAUGGGACAUGAAAGAAGCUGAGGUGGUGUGUCGUAUGCUUGGUUACCCUGGAGUACAGGAACACAUAACCACCAACUUUACACCCGUCAAGGGUAUAGUAUGGCUGAGAUACGUCGGUUGUACAGGAAGAGAAACGUCGAUUGCAGACUGCAGUCACCGUGGAUGGGGUAAUACAAACUGCUACCAUAAUGAAGACGUUGGAGUGACGUGUAAGAUGGGU